AAGACAGUUGAGACACUGGAUAUCCUUCAGAUUCAGAUAGAGUGGUAAUGGCGCAGCCGGAGGGCCUCUCGCUCGCGGGCCGGCGGGUGGCGUUCACGACGCCUCAGACCACCGGCGGGGGCGGCGGGGAAGGAUACGGUGGCCGGCUUGGCGCGCUGCUGCGGCAGCGCGGCGCGCACCCGCUCCCCGUGCCCACCAUCGCCAUCCGCGCCCACGAGCCCGACCGCCUCCGCCCCUACCUCCUGCCCGGCGCCCUCGACCCCUUCACGGCGCUCGCCUUCACCUCCCGCUCCGGCAUCGCCGCCUUCUCCCGCGCCCUCCCCUCCUCCUCCUCCGCCCAGCUUCCCCUCUCCGACGCCGCGUCGGCGCUCCCCUUCACCGUCGCCGCACUCGGCAGCGACGCCGACCUUCUGGACGGCGCCUUCCUCGCCAGGCUCUGCCGCGACGCCGGGAGGCUGGCCGUCCUCGUCCCGGACGUCCCCACCCCCGCCGGCCUCGUGGAGGCGCUGGGGCGCGGGUCCGGCCGCCGCGUGCUCUGCCCCGUCCCCGACGUCGACGGCCUCCGCGAGCCGCCCGUCGUGCCCGACUUCCUCGCCCGGCUCGACGCGGCCGGCUGGGCGGCCGUGCGCGCUCCGGCGUACACCACGUGCUGGGUCGGCCCGGGCUGCGCCGAGCGGCUGGUGGCCCCGGACGCCACCGCGCCCGACGCCAUCGUUUUCACCAGCUCGGCGGAGGUCGAGGGGCUGCUCAAGGGGCUGGACGCCGCGGGCUGGAGCUGGCCCCGGCUCAGGGCGCGAUGGCCCGACAUGGUCGUGGCCGUUCAUGGGCCGGUCACGGCCGACGGCGUCAGGAGGCUCGGCAUUGAGGUGGACGUCGUGAGCUCGAGGUUUAGCAGCUUCCAUGGGGUUCUUGAUGCUCUAGCUGCAACAUUUUGUUCUCAACAAUUGAAAAUUAGCUCCAGGUUUAGUGCUGGUUCACAUUGAAAAUUUUGAUGUAAACUUUCUUUCUUCGAGUCACAAGUUAUCAGCCUGAUGGAAUGAACAAAAAUAUAAGUCAGCAAACUCAAUGCUAUUCCACACCAACCUGUCACCUAGAUAUCUUCAGAAUGUACUGUAAAUCUGCAUUCUACCAACCCAGCUUUGUACCUGUUAAUAACUGUGAUCACAAAAAUGGGGUGAUGAACCAUUCUUGAUCCUCCUCCUCUAGAAUGUUCUUUGACGUGCUUAUAUGAGAAGCUGGAUUUGCAUCAAAUCUCAGCUUCACCACUUCCAGUUCGAGAGAAUGGUGAGCUCAACCAAGGGCAAAGUGUGUGUAACCGGGGCCUCAGGCUUUCUCGCCUCUUGGCUCAUCAAAAGACUUCUUGAGUGUGGAUAUCAUGUGAUAGGGACAGUCAGAGACCCAGGGAAUCGGAAAAAAGUUGGACACCUUUGGAAAUUACCUGGUGCAAAUGAGAGGCUCCAACUUGUGAGAGCUGAUUUAUUGGAGGAAGGGAGCUUUGAUGAUGCUGUGAUGGCUUGUGAGGGUGUCUUCCACAUUGCAUCACCUGUCCUCGGGAAAUCUGACUCCAAUUGCAAGGAAGCAACACUUGGUCCUGCAAUUAAUGGCACCCUAAACGUGCUAAGGUCGUGCAAGAAGAGUCCGUUUCUAAAACGGGUUGUUCUCACAUCUUCAUCGUCUGCAGUGAGGAUUAGGGACGAAACCCAGCAGCCAGAACUGUUGUGGGAUGAAACAACGUGGAGCUGUGUGCCACUCUGCGAAAAGCUACAGCUAUGGUAUGCCCUGGCAAAGGUAUUUGCAGAGAAAGCAGCAUUGGACUUUGCCAAGGAAAAUAACAUUGACCUUGUCACUGUUCUUCCUUCAUUCGUGAUUGGGCCCAGUUUGUCCCAUGAACUGUGUACAACUGCUUCUGAUAUCCUUGGCUUACUUCAAGGUGACACGGACAGGUUCACUUCGUAUGGAAGGAUGGGAUAUGUUCACAUUGACGAUGUUGCACGGAGCCACAUUCUAGUGUACGAAACACCCGAGGCAAGGGGCAGAUAUCUGUGCAGUUCAGUGGUUCUGGAUAACAAUGAAUUGGUUGGCUUACUCACGAAGCAGUUUCCAGUAUUCCCUAUUCCAAGGAGGCUCAGUAACCCCUAUGGAAAGCAGGCGUAUCAGCUGAACACAUCCAAGCUCCAGGGGCUGGGUCUCAAGUUCAAAGGAGUGCAAGAGAUGUUCAACGACUGCGUCGAGUCGCUGAAAGCUCAGGGCCAUUUGCUGGAGUGCCCGUUGUGAAAAUAGAGACAACACAAACAAGCCAUAGCCAAACACGUCGCAACUAUGUCUAGAUCAUGUCAGUUCUCGAGUCUUUUUUUUUUCUCUUCAAAUAAUUCCUAUGUCGUCUCUACUAUUACCAAACAUCAACUGUCACUCGCAGAUUAUGCGACUACACGAAAUGUUUCCAUAUGCUUUGCAAUUGAUUCAAUCAGCAAUGAAACAUUUGAAACGUUGAAUAGAGCUCAGUUACUUUUAUCAUGCA